GAUGGAGAGCGACGUGUCUUGGGUGCCGGUGCUGCUGCCGGCGCUGCUGCUGCUGCUGUGCCAGUACUCGUGCGCCACGCGGCCCUCGCCCUCCACCAUCCUGGCCCCCGCCCUGCCCAGCGCCGCCCCCGGACUCGCCGCCGCCGAUGAUGUCGCCGCCGCCGUCGCCGCCACCGAUGCUGCCCCCAGCACCGCCGCCCCCGCUGCGGCGGCAGCGGCCCCCGCCGACAAGUACGCGCACACGCCGCGGGAGGUGCUGGAGGACGCCUCGCUGUCCGUGCCCAAGCUCCUCAAGAAGUACGGCUACCCGGUGGAGAACCACGUGGUGAUGACGGAGGACGGCUACCUGCUCACGCUGCACCGCGUGCCGCACGGCGCCCACUCCGACAGUGAUGACAUCAACAGCAACCGGGUGCGUUCCUUGAGGAAGCCGCUGAGGACGACAAGGAACUCCCGCCGCAGGUCGUUCACCAGCACGGGCAUCAAGCGGAAGCGAGGUGCAGCGCGGCACAGCGCUGGGCGCACCGUGCUGCUCUUGCCGGGCAUGUUCUGCUCCUCGGCGGUGUGGUUCAUCAUGGGGCCGAGGAAGGGACUCGGAUACAUCCUGGCGGACGCCGGCUGGGACGUGUGGAUCGCCAACCCUCGUGGGAACCGGUACUCCAUGGGGCACGUGGAGAUACCGUCCACGGACGACAAGUACUGGCAGUUCAGCUGGCACGAGAUGGGGCAGUACGACGUGCCCGCCAUACUGGACUACGUGACGACGGCCACCGACCAGGCCCAGGUGCCCGUCGUCGGCCACUCCAUGGGCAACACCAUGAUGAUGGUGAUGGGCGCGCUGCGGCCCGAGUACAGCCGCCUGGUGUCGGUGCACGUGGCGCUGGCGCCCACCGUGUUCCUCCAGCACGCGCAGAGCCCCGUGCUCAAGGGCCUGGCUGCCCUCGCUCCUACCGUCAGCACGCUCACCGCCAUGCUGGGGGUGCACAGCUUGCGGCCCACCCUGACGCUCAACGAGGCCCUGAAGCAGCUGUGUCGGGAGGAGGCCGUGGUCACGCAGCGCAUCUGCAAGAACGCCGCCUUCAUGCUGCUGGGCUUCGACGCGGAGCAGCUCAACGCGACGAUGUUCCCCGUGAUCAUGGGCCACGUGCCCUCGGGCGGCUCGACCCGCACGCUGCUGCACUACGUGCAGAGUUUCACGUCCGGCGACUUCAGGCAGUUCGACCUGGGCGCAAAGCGGAACUUGGCCAAGUACGGUCAGGCGCAGCCACCAGCCUACAACCUUAGCAGGGUAGACUUCCCUGUCGCCAUCUCCGUCGGCGAGAACGACUGGCUGGACUCCAUGGAGGACGUUCAGAGGAUAGCGAAGUUGUUACCGAAUGUUGUGGAUUUCUACCGAGUGCCAUGGCCAAAGUUUAAUCAUAUGGACCACUUGUUCGCAAUCGACGCCAAGGAACUUGAAUACGAUCAUGUGAUGGAAAUCCUCGAACGGUUUUCGUGAGAAUGUGAUCGUUAAGAAGCAAGAUUAGUUAUUUAUUCAGAUUGUAAUACAAUCGAAAUGAUAGGACAGUGAUAGUUUUUGUGACCCUGAACUUGUACGGCCUCUUCGAAAAAACUCAACCGUUCUACGUGUGACAAGAUAAAAUUAUUAACAAAACACAAAGCUUGAGAAUGAUACACUUUAAAAAAUGAAAAUGUUCUUAGUCUCUAGCGCAGAUACCGUACAUUUUUGUCUUAUAAAAGAGGACAUGAUGUUCAGAUUAUAUAUGACUUUUUUCGAGGCCGUUCAAAUUUGCGUCGAGAGGACUAUAUACUUACCCUGUUUUGGUUGGCCAUUGACUUCUAGAAACGAUCAGAUAGUUGAUAAAUUUCUAUGGGAAAUUUCGUUAUUUCUGCUCAUUCGAAGUCACCACAUAUGUGGUCAUUUCAUAUUUCUAUCACUUAAUGCGUGUGAAUGCGUGCGUGUGUGUGUAUGUGGUUUGUGUCUGUCUGAGUGUGUGUUUAAGAGAUUUACAUUGUUCUCACUUGGUUCUCAACUGCUGUAAAUACUGUAACCAUCUCUACAAAUAAUAUGCAGUAAACUCUAAAUCAAUAAUCAUCCAGAAUAUAAA